AUGGCUAUCUCAACCUCCUUCUCCAACUUCUUCUCUUUCCUCUCACCACAAACAAAGCCACAGCUCCCUCUUCUCUCUCAAUUCCCAUCUCACCACCACAACCACCGCAACAACAAGAUAAUCCCCCUCGUUCUCAGCCGCAAUGAAACAGCCUCUCCUUCAAUUACAUCUUCACCGCCACCACCACCCCCACCAAAAGACGUGUCUUCCGAUUUCUCCGAUUUCAACUCAUCCUCCUUGUACACAACAAACCGCUUCAAUGUUGAAGUUGUUCUUGAAGACGGUGAGCCUGAAGAUAGACUUCUGAAUAGGUUCCGCAAAGACGUUUUAAGCGCUGGUAUUCUUCAAGAGUAUAGGAGAAGACAGUAUCAUGAGAAUAAACAGGAUGAGAAGAAACGUAAGAUUCGCGAGGCUUCUGUGCGUAAUCGUAGGAGCAGGUUUCCUAGGCGUCCUAUGGAUGGGAACUCUCCGGGAGGAGGACGGUACAACAACUACUGGCAAGACGAUCCAACACCACCUGAGGAGGAAGAGGAUGAAGAUAUCUGGGAUCUACCGGAAGAGGAUGUGCUAAGGUUUUGA